CCUGUUGCCAAGCAACGUUGCUGCUAAUACAGUCGCCAUAUUGAAAAGAAGCCUUCGAACCAGCAAGAUCAAAGCUUCGGUUUGUCUGAAAGCUAUAGUUACUGCGUCUCAUACAAAGAAAUAUGGCUAAUGCUAAGAAAGCAGAAAGACCAGAACUGAACUUCGUCCAUCAGAAUGCCAUAUUAUGCGAAACGAUAAAAAAAGAACAAAGAAAUCAGCAGUUGUAUACAAGCUAUAGUGUUAACCCGUUCAAAAAGAUGUAUACACUCACUGGAAAACCUAACUCACUUCACGACUCCGCCGAUGGGGAGGAAGACGAUCACUUUCUUAAAGUUAUCAAAAGAGCUCACGAGACACCUGUAGAUAAAUUUGAUUUUCCACAAACUUCAGCUCAAGAUAUUGGAUGGAACACUGAGCCCUUGAUUGAUAAGACAUGGUAUGACCAAAGACUCCAUCAUCCCCGCAAGCAUUCAGAGAUCACCAAAUAUAUGGAUGCAGCGUGGAGAGUCAAGGAGCAGUCAGAAAAUAUGAAUUAGGGGCCUUGUUUAAUAAUAACAAGAAUUAUAUUAAUUUAGAACGUUGGCUGUUUCACCAAAAAAAUUAGUUGCGGUUUAGUGUCUGACACUGAUAUAUUAUGUUUUAAUUUAAUACUUUGUUGUUUUGUUUAACACUAUUCAUUUUGCCGUGACCUUGUACAAUCUUCUAGCUGCCUGUUUUAAAACCUUUUCAUGUAUAUAUUUUUUAAAUUGUAAAUAAACAAUUUCUGCGAGUUAUGGAGAACAAGGUAUGGAACAUGUGGUUUUAUCCACAUAAGAAUUAUACAGGACCAAGUUACAACUUUCCCCAUCUAUGUGAAGAAGGGUGAGGAUUUUUAUGUAUAAUAAAUACACUAUUUAACAGA